AUGCCACGAUUACUAGACACAAACACAGAUUGGAAAUUGCCUGUUAUUGGCGUUGCCCUUGUGGUGCUGGCCUUCCUAUCUCGCCCAGACCAAGAAUCAUUCGUCGAGCAAUUGCUCGCUUACGCACAAGAUCAAAAUUCUUGGAUUUUGCAAGGAUAUCUAUAUGUAACAGAGCACCUCGACCUCAUAAAGUUUCGAGAUUAUCUUCUCUUUGCAACUGCCACAUUGCCGAUAAACGCUGGAGUCUUUUUGGGCAUCUUUGGCGUUUGGAUUCCAUUGCCAAAAUGGGUGAUGAAUAGUCAAUGGCCAACUAUCAAGAACGGAAUUUGCAUGGGAAGAAACUGCUUCUGUCUGCCAUCAUAUCUACCGCCGUCUUGUCUGUAUACUGUACGAGGAUUUCAUUCCCUCUCUGAAUGGAUAUUCACCAGUCAAGGCUUCCACCUGCCUAAUGGAAUCGCAAAUCAUGUUCUGUCAACCUUGGGCAUAUUGGAGCUGCUCAUAUUAACGAAUGUGGUCAUUUAUACUCUAUGGUUGAAGGCUACUCCGACGUCUAUACCUUUUCUCGUCCGUCACUUUACAUUGAGCUGGAACGAAACUAUAUCUCAUCAUCGUCUGCACGCAUUGCUCACUUCUGCAAUGUCUCACAGAAGUGUCGUGUCGCUACUAGUGACUGUGACUGGGAUAUAUGGAUAUGGGCGCGAACUGCUUGGACGAAUCAACGACUAUGAAUUCUUGGCACUGUACUUAGCAUUGUGUCUGGCAACCAGCAUGGCCACCCUUCUGUUUAGCUGUACUACAAGAACCGGUUAUAACAUAGGCGGUAUUGGUGUACUGGUUGGUUUGAGGACAUUUGGUCUUCUUUCUACUUAUGGAUGGAACUUGGACGCGAUGAGCAGUGAGCUUCAGCAAAUUAUGAUGACACAGCUCCUAGUUGAUGGUCUCUUGUAUGGUGGAAAUUUUCCUUGGGGAUCGUAUGUUGGCGGAGUCUUGUUCUCGAUAGUGUGGUAUGCGCUGAGGUAA